GUUGCACAUUUUUCUAUAGCCUUCAGCUAACGUUAAAGUCAAUAGGGACACAUUUUGGUCAGUUUCUGGUUACCUCCAACGAAAUGUUGAAAAACUGUUUGUAUUUCAUAUUGUUCUUCGUCUCAAUAGAUGUAUCGAUCGGAAGUUUACAAGACGAAAUAUCGAAGGAGAUAAACAACAUAAAUGGAUCGAGGCAAACUUUAUCCAGAAAAAGGCGUUAUCUAACCUUCCCAGAAGGAAGUUCUUUCCAACUUGUGUACUGCCUCACGUUGCCUUCUGUUGGGGUAGGAGAGUUCUUCACUUUUGGUGUAACUGCAGCUAUGGCAUGGGAGUUGCCUACGGAACCGGAAGAUAUACUGAUUCUUAAGGGGAAAAUCAGUACUAGCGAAGCUCCUACAACAACUACUGAGUUGCAUCACCACUACGUCGACUAUAUCCAUCCAGUCGAGGAUCACCCCUCGGAAAGGAUUGACGUGCCUUCCGAUAACUCACAAGCAGGAUGGACGUAUCGGAACGAGUUACUUCAAGAACCUGUAAGAACCUACUAUAAUCCGUUUGUCAAGGAGUCAUAUGGGUACACUCCGGUCAGUUCGUCCAGGAGUCCGGUGUACGAAGGAACCAAGUACGGAUCUGGUGGAUCUAGAGAACAGAAGAACAACUAUUUCGACGAUUAUACUCCAAAUGUUGGGAACGAUCCAGUUUACUACGAUCAUCCAGUAUAUCAUUCCAUCCACAGACGGACCAGGAGAGAUUUGUACAAAAAGAUUGAGAAGCUGUUAUCUGCGCUAAGCAAGGAUGGAAAAUCUUGUGUAAUGAAAGCAUUAUGUGAAGUUAGUCAAGUACCAAAAGGCAAAGGUACUUUCAUUGAAGAAAUUCUCAAGACUAUAUUCAGAAUAAAACCCCAUGAUGGCUUUCCAGAUGAGGACGACUAUGAUAAAGCAGCGAAUACAAACCAUAACUGUACAGAGCAAUAUCCGACUUGUGCCCAUUCUGUUUGGACUAACAUGUUUUAAAUAUAUUUGUGUGUAGAUAUAA